CGUCCGGAAGAGGCGGCGGUGGGCGAGCCUCAGGGACUCCGGGCUCCCCUUUUCCACAAUGGGUUGCGACGGGGGCACGAUCCCCAAAAGACCGAGUUGGUUGAAGGGGCCGAAGAAGGUGGAGAAGGUUGACAAAAAUGCUGAACUAGUGGCCCAAUGGAACUAUUGUACUCUAAGUCAAGAAAUACUCAGAAGACCAAUCGUGGCUCUUGUGAAACUGGGCAGACUUUAUAACAAAGAUGCUGUCAUUGAGUUUCUACUGCACAAGUCUCCCGAAAAGGCUCUUGGGAAAGCCGCCUCGCACAUUAAAAGCAUUAAGAAUGUGACUGAACUGCAGCUUUCCGAUAACCCGGCCUGGGAAGGGGACCGAGAGGGUACAAAAGGUGACAAGCAUGAUGACCUGCAGCGGGCACGCUUCAUCUGCCCUGUGGUGGGCCUGGAGAUGAAUGGGCGGCACAGGUUUUGUUUCCUGCGGUCCUGUGGUUGUGUGUUUUCUGAGCGAGCCCUAAAGGAGAUCAAAGCCGAAGUCUGUCACACCUGUGGCACUGCCUUCCAGGACGAGGACGUGGUGGUGAUCAAUGGCUCCAAGGAUGAAGUGGAGACGCUUCAACAGAGGAUGGAAGCCCGGAGGCUGCGGGCUAAGCUGGGGAAGAAAGCAAAGAAACCCAAAGCGGCUGAAUCUGUGUCCAAGCCAGAUGGCGAAGAAGCCCCAGGACCAUCCAGACUUAAGACAGGGAAGUCCGAGGACCCUGAGCUUGACUCGAAAGAGAAGCCAGCCAGUGCCAGCACCAGUGCCAGAAACACAGCUGCAAACGGGGCAUCUUUGGGCAAGGCGGCGAAGGUGGGCGGUGGCGCCCCGAAGCGCCCCAUCACCGAGAGCGAGGAGUCGGAGGCCUACAAGUCCCUGUUCACCAGCCACAGCUCCGCCAAGCGCCCCAAAGAGCAGUCGGCCCACUGGGUCACCCACACGUCCUACUGCUUCUGAGCCGAACCCACCCAGCCCCCAUGCCCGAGUCAUCUUGGUCCACCCAGACCUCUGGCCCCAAGAUCCUGGCCACUGCACUUUCUCUGCUGAAAGGGUUUGAG